UGCUGGAUCUAUGAGCACUUUCCGAGUGUGCAUCAGUGUGUCACAGAUGAUGUGUACGAGGAGACGUCCCCACGUGCUUCCCGGUGGUUAACGAUGAAGGCACAUAUGAAGGGAAUUACAGGAGCGUCGUACCGGGCACGUUGUGAUGCUUUGACGGUCACAAAUGUGUGUUGGUUGCCUUACAGUGAGCAUCGAGGGGUUAGGGAGUUUAAGCUGAUUUCAUCGUUCCAGGGUCAGCUGAGAUGGGGUCCUAUGGUGGUCACAGUUCAACCGGAGAGGGUGCUACGGCAGUUUGGUUACAUUCAGAGCAUCCCUUCGCCGCCUGUUAGCGCUUCGUUGUCAUAUGAUGAUAUAGAUGACAGGUGGAUGCAUUCCACGGAUCAUGUACUAGUUGUGGGUGAGCUUUGUGUAGUCCCUGGGCAAGUAUCUACGGAUUACAUGGAGCGGUUUUUCCAGAUAUCUCACCCAUUCAUGAUACCAACCCAGGCAGGUGACCAGCCCAGACAUGCACCUGCUCCAGACCAUGAGGAAUACAUGCAGCCGGCCAUCCCACAGGUUCCAGUGGCAUUUGACCCCCCUCGACAUGCAGUGGAUGAUUACGAAGGCUAUGAGGCGAUCACAGAAAGGUUGGAGCGUGUGCUCAACCUUAGGAUGGUCACUGCAGGCACAGAGUUACAUAAUAUUAUGCAAAAUUGUCUCACGAUCCCCAGGGGGGUGCCAGUGCAGAUGGGAGUGUCAGGGCUCGACAGAGACGACGCACAGACCAUUGAUUAUUGUUUUUAUGUUUUGUAGUUCACAUAAUUUUUUGUAUUUGUUACACUUUUUUUAUUUAAUAUAG